AUGUCAGGCAUCAGAAAAACAAAACAGGAGAGGCGCCCAGGGAAGGAGCGCUGCGAGCUGCUGCUGUCGGGGAAACCAGCCCGUUCUGCCUGCAGCAGGAGCUCCUUCCAGUGCCCAAGCAGCUCUGCCCCGGGCAGGCUGGAUUUGUGUGCCCGGGGAGCUCCAGGGCAUUCCUGGUGCUGCAGGGCCCUCCUGGAGCUGCAGGGCAUUCCUGGGAGCUGCAGGGCAUUCCCAGAGCUGCAGGGCAUUCCUGGAGCUGCAGGGCACUCCUGGAGCUGCAGGGCACUCCUGGAGCUGCAGGGCACUCCCGGAGCUGCAGGGCACUCCUGGAAGCUGCAGGGCAUUCCUGGGAGCUGCAGGGCAUUCCUGGAGCUGCAGGGCAUUCCUGGGAGCUGCUGGACAUUCCAAGUUCUGCAGGGCAUUCCUGGAGUUGCAGGGCACUCCUGGAGCUGCAGGGCAUUCCCAGAGCUGCAGGGCCCUCCUGGAGCUGCAGGGCACUCCCGGGAGCUGCAGGGUGUUCAGGUGCUUCAGGGCAUUCCUGGAUCUGCAGGGCAUUCCUGGGAGCUGCUGGACAUUCCAAGUUCUGCAGGGCAUUCCAGGAGCUGCAGGGCAUUCCUGGAUCUGCAGGGCAUUCCUGGGAGCUGCUGGACAUUCCAAGUUCUGCAGGGCAUUCCAGGAGCUGCAGGACAUUCCAGGAGCUGCAGGGCAUUCCAGGAGCUGCAGAGCAUUCCAGGAGCUGCAGGACAUUCCUGGGAAUUUCAGGGCAUUUCUGGGAGCUGCUUGCUCCUCUCUGCUGUCCCAGCCCCCGGGAGCUGCCCCCACGCCCUAGAGGAGCCGCAGGAGCUGCUGGGCUCUGCCCCUGCUGCCCCUCCUCGGGGCACAGCCGGGUUCUGUCCGGACCUGGCAGCUCUGCAGAGCCUCCCAGGGCAGCACACCCCGCUCAGAGGGACCCCAGCCUGCCCCAGACUCCCCGAUCCACCCACAACCCCAUGGAUGUCAUGUUGUGGAAGGGGAUAAAUGUCCAAAGUGGGCAAUUCCAGAGGGAAGCUGUUCCCCGUGCCUGGGGCACAGCUCAGUUGGAUGUUGCCCUUUCGGUUUUUUCCCUGGUUUUUCUUCCCUUUGCCCAAAGCAGGUUGCUUUGCAGCUGAUCUCACUCUUUGGGAACCUGAAUCAACAACCCUCGAGUUUUCCUUCCUAUUCCUGACUGCUUUGAUGCUCUUGUGUUCUUCAAAUGAACCAGAAAUGCCACAAAUAUUUAUUUCCUUUCUUUCUUUCUCCUAAAAAGACCUUUUGGAAAUCUGUGCACGUAUUCAUAUGGUUUGACCCAAAACACAGAUGUGGAGGAGCACCUGGAAAAAGAUUAGAGGCCAGAAAUUAAAAAUUCAUUCCUUUCUUCUGUUGUAUAAAUUAUGAUAAUUGAAAAACAAUUUUCCCGAGGUAGAAAGCAAAAGAAAGAGAAAUGUGAAUUUUGCCUCUGCAGAUUCCACAUGGCUGCCCUGGCUCCAUUCAGGGGAAAGAGCCAUUCUGAUUUUACAUCACCAAAGAAUCUGCUUUAAUAGAUUUUCAUCUUCCUGAGCACUUUGCCCAGGUAUUUCUGUGCCAUGACUCAUUGCAGACUAAUGGCUGCAUUUUAAAAAUGACUCCCAGCUCCGCCAGCACCAUAAAGCUCAUUUCCAUUUCGUACCGCCCUGCACUCCCACAGAAAUUUUAUUGGGAUUUUUGUAAUAGAUGAAGAGAUAUCAACACAAUUCUCUUACAAUCCAGCAAACUGCUUUUGUCAUUGUUUUUAUCUCUGGCCACAGCUGCUCUCCCCCUCUCUGGCCUGGGCUCUGCUGCUUUCAGAGAAUCUUAUUCAGCAUAAAUAACCAGAAAGGGAUCCUGCAGGGCCCAGGAUAUUCACAUCACACUGCAACUCCAUUCUUCUUUUCCACCUGCAAGGCAGUGCUGUGUGAGUUUUAAAGCAUUCAAUAACUGAUCAAUUCCAAUUUUCCACAAAAGGGAGACACAGCUCAGGUCCACGGGAAGUUUAACAAGGGAGGGACCAGGCUGGGCUUCUGGUCACCACCUGAAUCUUCAUUUUUCAGGCUGUUUCUGCCUGUAAAACACAGAUUGCAGCAAAGAGCUGUGUUUGUUCUUGGCUGGUAAUUAACUGAGAGGAAAAUGAGAUUUGAAGUCCUUGACAACCGUGGAGGAUCUCCAGGGCUGCGUCUCUGGCCUUUCCUUGGCUGAUGCCCCCAGGGUUCUCUCUCACCUGUGGCACAGCAGGAGAGGGCGAACAUCCUUCACCCAGAGCCUGCCCAUGGUUUCCCAGGGGUGGCUCACUCCUGGCAUGAGCUUUGGUGAAAUUCCUCCCUGGACACUGUUCCAGCUCCAGCAGGGGCUGGGGCGUGCACAGACCUCCCUGCCCAGCCCCAGGAUUUGGGUGGAAUUGGUGAAGUUUGGGGUGCCCUGCACCCAGCCUGGCAGGGCAGGAGGGGAACAUUUGGGGGUUCCUCCCUUGGCCCUGGCAGAGUGGAACAUCCAGCCCCUGCCAGCCCUGUGCUGGAAUUGGGAAUAUUGACCCAUGGCUGGGAUAACUCCUCAAGGAAUUCCUUCAGGUGUCCCUUGUCUGGGCACUGGAGGGGGAAGGAGGAAACCCCAAAGCCCAGCCCCACAUUUUUAGGUGAAGCUGUGAUUUUUCCAUCCUUUCCCCUCUCAGCCCCAACCCCGGUCCCCCCAGGGCUCCGGAGUGCCUGUCCCAGCUGGGCAGGGCACACACAAACCUGGCUCACAGACUCAGCUUUGGGAACAGCAAACUCCAUCCCAUCCACCUCCCCGUCCCGCUGUGGCUCCGUCCCAGCGGAUAAAAGCUACAAAAAUGUGAAGUGUUCUCCUUCUGUCCAUUUGGAGAAGAUAAAACGUGGUGCUGGUCAGUCUGGUGAGACUCUGAGCCGUGUCAGACAAGAGAUAACAAAAUUUGCAUUGCAUUUUCAACUCCCACAACAUUGGACCAGCUCUUAGGUGAAAAUGGGAGGAGGAACUUCAAUGCAGUUCAACACAAAAUAGAAAUAACUCCUAAAAAGAGAAAAAAAAACCCCAAACCCACAAGUAUUCCUCUAGAGAGAGCUGUUUUCUCUUCUGCUCCUUUAUUUGUGCAAUGAAUAGGUUGUGAAAAGGUCUCUGCCCGAGCAUCCCCCCCUGCCCGGGCUCGGCGUGUUUGGGGUGAAGGAGGGCAGAGCUCCAAACCCUUCGUAGGAUGAAGCUGAAGCAGGGGGGAAGGGAGACAGAACAUGGGAUCAAAAGCAUGGCCUUGGCUUCAUACCACACUUUCUGUGCCUUGUUCUAUCAAUGUAAAUUCUGAAUGUUGUACAGUGAAAAUACUUGGGAAAGACUCCUUGGAAAAGGCUGCACUGGCUUCUUUUUUCAGCACAUGUACAUAUAUAAAUAGCUAUACAUAUAUAUAUAUUUGGUAAUGCCAACCAGCUGUGUUCUGUUGUCCUGGAGAAGUCAAAGUGGACCCUUUGGGUGUUUUCUGUCGAGUUGCAGAGCUGUGCGGCCCCGUUGGCGAGAGGUGUACAGGUGGGAAUGAUGGAUAUCAGCUAUUUAUGAAUAAAGAGUCUUUUACUGA